CAGCACCGUGCUGACCUCGCCUUAUGAAGUAGCAGCAACUCAAGUUGUGUUGAGUUGUAUUGGUAUCUCGUCGUGGACCUCUCACGCUCAUCCCUACACACUACACAUUGGUGUCUGCAGCAUGGACGAUGAUAAUCAGCUGCCGUCUCUACGAGGUGUCCAGUUCACGGAGACUAUUUUGUCAGCGGAGUCCAAAGUCACACCUUACCGUCACUUUGAAAUACCUCCAAGUCAAGACAGUGAACCUCCUCUAGGACCUCUCGCUCUACUGUCGUUUCUCUCCCCUACCUCAUCAGUCAUCAACAACAGUGGCUCCUACCUCAGAGACACACUCACAGCUCAUUUCAACACGGGCAUCUUUCUCCACGCUAAAGAAAAAGGAGCCCUUUAUCCCGUGAUACAUUUUACGGAAGACCGAAAUGCACUCAAGAAGAGGCUUUCUGGCGAGGAUACACUCGGAAAUGAAUUUUUACUUUACCAAGGUGUGUACAGAGAAGUCAGAAGCAUCAGACCUGAAGGGGUUAUCCUGAACGGGCACAGAAGUUCCGUGGAAAGUACCGCGUAUAUCGUUAUGGGAUUUAAAAGCCUGGAUAAAAACUUUAGCCAGAAUGUGAUGGUUGACUCGUGGAAGGAGUGGACGGGGGCUAGGAACAUCUACAUGAACCUACCAGACGAGCUAGGACUGAGUCGCAUCAGCUUCUACCAUCGCGAGGCUCCUGAUAGCCUCAACAUGUUCUUGUAUGUUGUACUCGUGGAAUGUACAAGUGUGGAUACAAUAGAACAUCAGAUGAAGCUGAUCGACUUCGCUCAAAGACUGCGAGCGGAGCGAAUGACUGCAUGUGUGACUGUGUACGGAGUGACACUCGUUGACUGAGACGACAGCUACAACACGAUAAACGGGGACUUCCAAGGCGGUGACUGUUUCUUACCACAUACCUACAUCAUCAGGUGGUUGGAUGUUGCUACACUACAACGCUAACAACCUAACAAAGAGUGUUACAGUUGUAAAGACUUACUACUUCUCUCAUUUACAAAACAUGAUAGUCCUAGGGUUCCUCACGUGUUUACUAACUGUGAAGUGGUAAAAUAAUAUGAAUAUACUUUGAGACCGUUGUUAAAUCAAUAUAUUUCACUGUCUAGCCUAACAGUUUGAUAAUGAAAGGUAUGAAAUGCACAAUACAUAUCAAGGAAAGAUGAACAAUAAUGUACCUGCUGGCUACCAAAACUGUAGCUGCUGUUAUGAGUUUGUUUACAAUUGUAACUUUACAAUGGUCAAUUGUAACUCGACUGUGAUUAUUUUACUAAACAUAUCUAGAUUGUUUGAUCACAAUCAGGUUUAAUUUAAUUAGAUAAUGAUAACGAUUAAUGAAGGUAUUGUUGUCGAACUAUGAUGUUAAUAGCGUACUUAAACUUGUUGAAAAUAAACUAUUUUGAAACCAA